AUGGGUCAAAAAAUAAAUCCACUUGGUUUCAGACUUGGUACAACCCAAAGUCAUCAUUCCCUUUGGUUUGCGCAACCAAAAAAUUAUUCCGAGGGUCUCCAGGAAGAUCAAAAAAUCCGGGAUUGUAUCAAGAAUUAUGUACAAAAAAAUAAGAGAAUAGUCGAGGGAAUUGCACGUAUAGAGAUUCAAAAAAGAAUCGAUCUGAUCCAGGUCAUAAUCCAUAUGGGAUUCCCAAAGUUGUUAAUAGAGGAGAGACCACGAGGAAUCGAAGAAUUACAGAUCAAUGUACAAAAAAAGUUUUAUUCUGUGAAUCGAAAACUCAACAUUUCUAUCACAAGAAUUGCAAGACCUUAUGGACAACCUAAUAUUCUUGCAGAAUAUAUAGCUGGACAAUUAAAAAAUAGAGUUUCAUUUCGAAAGGCAAUGAAAAAAGCUAUUGAAUUAACUGAACAAGCAGAUACAAAAGGAAUUCAAAUACAAAUUGCAGGGCGUAUUGACGGAAAAGAAAUUGCACGUGUCGAAUGGAUCAGAGAAGGCAGGGUUCCCCUACAAACCAUUCGAGCUAAAAUUGAUUAUUGUUCCUAUACCGUUCGAACUAUCUAUGGGGUAUUAGGCAUCAAAAUUUGGAUAUUUAUAGAAGAGGAAUAA